CGUAAAAUAAUAAAAAAUAAUAAUAAUGAAAUAAAAUAGAUACCGGAUUCCAUAGGAGGACAGGAGCGGAACAAUUAUAAAAAGAGCGAUAUUAUUUGAGAGAGAGAGAGAGGGGGGGAGGAAGCUGAGAGAGUGUGGACUUUUUUACCGUCUCCGAAUCUGCUAGGGCGCCUCCAGAGCCAAGCAGAGGCCUUGAGGACAAAUAAGCCUUGAAAGGAGUUUAAAGCAUAUGGUGGGAGUCUGAAGUGUUGGGGGUUAUCUGAGACCAGCUGAAAGAAAUGGGUUUUGAACCACUGGUUUGGUACUGUCAGCCCGCGAAGAACCAGAUAUGGGGGAAGGUGGUUGAGAAUGCCUUUGGUGCUUAUACGCCCUGUGCCAUCGAGACCUUGGUGGUCGGGAUCUCACAUCUGGUUCUUUUUGGUGUGUGCUUUUAUCGCAUAUGGCGUACUGGGAGAGAUCUCACUGUUCGGCGGUACUCCUUAAGGUCUCACUAUUACAAUUACAUGCUGGGCAUAUUGGCUGCCUACUGUACUGCAGAGCCUUUAUUUAGGUUGAUCUUUGGUUUCUCCGUCUCAAAUCUUGAUGGACAGACCAGUGUUGCUCCCUUUGAGAUGCUUACGCUGAUAGUUGAGGCUGUCGCUUGGUGUUCUGUGCUUGUUAUGAUUGGAUUGGAGACUAAAAUCUAUAUCACAGAAUUUCGGUGGUAUAUCCGUUUUGUAGUUGUAUAUGUUCUGGUGGGGGAAGCUGCUCUUUUCAAUCUUGUUGUCUCCGUUAGAGGGUAUUAUGACAAAUCGGUGUUCUAUCUGUACACCAGCGAGAUAGUUUGUCAGUUUUUGUUUGGAAUCCUCUUGCUGCUCUAUGUCCCUACUCUGGAUCCUUUUCCGGGUUAUACACCCCUUAGAGCUGAAGCCCUUGUUGAUAACACAGACUAUGAACUGCUUCCUGGAGGAGAACAAAUUUGCCCCGAGAGACAUGUGAAUGUAUUUUCAAAAAUAUUUUUCACAUGGAUGACUCCAAUCAUGCAACUGGGAUAUAAGAGGCCUAUUACUGAGAAGGAUGUCUGGAGAUUAGAUACAUGGGAUGAGACGGAGACAUUGUAUAGCCGGUUCCAGAAAUGCUGGUCUGAUGAAUCAAUAAAGCCAAAACCGUGGCUUUUGAGAGCACUAUGCUUUAGUCUUGGGGGAAGAUUUUUGCUUGGAGGUUUUUUCAAGAUUGGCAAUGAUGCUUCUCAGUUUGUGGGCCCGCUAAUUCUUAACCUGCUUCUUGAGUCUAUGCAAAAAGGGGAUCCAUCGUGGAACGGCUACAUUUAUGCAUUCUCAAUUUUUGCUGGAGUGGCACUGGGGGUGCUAUGCGAAGCACAGUAUUUUCAAAAUGUUAUGCGUGUUGGGUUUCGGUUGAGAUCUACUUUGGUUGCUGCAGUGUUCCGCAAGUCACUGAGAUUAACACACGAGGGUCGAAGAAAAUUUGCUUCUGGAAAGAUAACUAAUUUGAUGACAACUGAUGCAGAAUCACUUCAACAAGUUUGCCAACAGCUUAAUAAUCUAUGGUCAGCUCCUUUUCGGAUUAUAAUAGCCAUCAUCCUUCUCUACAAGCAGCUAGGGGUUGCUUCCCUUAUAGGGUCAUUGAUGCUGGUCCUAAUGUUUCCAAUACAGACAAUUGUGAUCAGCAAAAUGCAGAAGUUAAAUAAGGAGGGUUUACAACGUACUGAUAAGCGUAUUGGCAUGAUGAAUGAAAUAUUGGCUGCUAUGGACACUGUCAAAUGUUAUGCAUGGGAAGACAGCUUCCAGUCUAAAGUGCAAAGCAUUCGCAAUGAUGAACUUUCAUGGUUCCGGAGCGCUCAGCUACUUGCAGCGUGCAACUCAUUUAUCCUCAACAGCAUUCCAGUUGUUGUUACUGUAAUAUCAUUUGGGGUGUACUCUCUUCUUGGAGGCGAACUGACACCUGCAAAGGCAUUCACAUCACUUUCACUGUUUUCAGUUCUUCGCUUUCCUCUGUUCAUGCUUCCAAAUCUGAUCACUCAGGUUGCAAAUGCAAAUGUUUCUCUUAAACGAUUGGAGGAACUAUUAUUGUCUGAAGAUAGGAUACUUUUGCCAAACCCACCUCUUGAUCCAGAGCUUCCAGCGAUCUCAAUAAAAAAUGGCUUUUUUUCAUGGGAUUCGAAGGAAGAGAGACCCACAUUAUCAGAUAUCAAUUUGGAUAUACCCGUCGGUAGCUUGGUUGCCAUUGUUGGAAGUACUGGAGAAGGGAAAACAUCACUUAUAUCAGCAAUGAUUGGAGAGCUACCACCAAAAUCAGAAUCAAGCACAGAUGUUAGUAUUAGAGGAACUGUUGCCUAUGUUCCUCAAGUUUCAUGGAUUUUCAAUGCAACAGUACGGGAUAAUAUACUGUUUGGAUCUCCUUUUCAACCGGUACGCUAUGAUGAGGUCAUAAAAGUGACUGCACUCCAGCAUGAUCUAGAUUUGCUUCCAGGCGGCGAUCUCACAGAGAUUGGUGAAAGGGGAGUGAAUAUUAGUGGUGGACAAAAGCAAAGGAUUUCCAUGGCAAGAGCUGUGUAUUCUGAUUCUGAUGUAUAUAUAUUUGAUGAUCCUUUGAGCGCACUAGAUGCUCAUGUUGGUCGACAGGUUUUUGAUCAAUGCAUUAAGGAUAAACUGAGGAGCAAAACCCGUGUUCUUGUUACAAACCAGCUGCAUUUCCUCCCAAAUGUUGAUAAAAUUAUCCUGGUUCAUGAAGGUAUGAUUAAAGAGCAGGGAACCUUUGAAGAACUCACUAGUAAUGGAGUGCUAUUCCAAAAGUUAAUGGAAAAUGCUGGGAAAAUGGAGGAGCAAAUUGAAGAAAAGCCAAGUGAUAACCAUGGACAGGAUUCUGUAAAAUCCACUGAAAAUGGGGACACCUUGAGGACGGAGAAUGGCUUGUUGAAGACUGAUAACAAUGUGAAUCAAGGGAAGGUAGAGAAGUCUGUGCUAAUUAAGCAGGAGGAACGUGAAACAGGUGUUGUUAGUUUGAAAGUUCUAGCAAGGUACAAGAACGCAUUGGGUGGGUUUUGGGUUGUUAUGAUACUCUUUCUAUGCUAUAUUCUUUCUGAAGCUCUCAGAGUUUCUAGUAGCACAUGGUUAAGUAUUUGGACAGAUCAGAGCUCACCGAAGGACCAUGGUGCUGGUUUCUACAAUUUGAUCUAUGCCCUUCUUUCUUUUGGCCAGGUACUUGUGACACUGACAAACUCUUACUGGCUGAUCAUUUCUAGUCUUUAUGCUGCCAAAAGACUACAUGACGCCAUGCUUAAGUCUAUCUUACGGGCUCCGAUGGUAUUCUUUCAUACCAAUCCACUUGGACGGAUAAUAAACAGAUUCGCAAAGGAUCUUGGCGAUAUUGACCGCAAUGUAGCUGUAUUUGUGAAUAUGUUCUUGGGUCAAAUCUCACAACUCCUUUCAACUUUUGUUCUGAUAGGCAUUGUCAGCACUAUAUCUCUUUGGGCCAUCAUGCCACUUUUAAUUUUAUUCUAUGCUGCCUAUUUAUACUACCAGAGCACUGCAAGAGAAGUAAAACGGUUGGAUUCUAUAACCAGAUCUCCGGUGUAUGCACAAUUUGGAGAAGCGCUAAAUGGUCUAUCUACAAUUCGUGCAUAUAAAGCAUAUGAUAGAAUGGCUGCUAUUAAUGGUAAAUCCAUGGACAAUAAUGUCAGAUUUACUCUUCUGAAUAUGAGUGGAAACAGAUGGCUUGGCAUUCGGUUGGAAAUACUGGGAGGCAUUAUGAUUUGGUUUACAGCAACUUUUGCAGUCAUGCAAAACCAGAAAGCAGAAAAUCAGAAGGCAUUUGCAUCAACAAUGGGUCUUCUUCUUUCUUAUGCAUUAAAUAUUACAAACUUAUUGACUGCUGUUUUGCGACUUGCAAGUCUUGCUGAGAAUAGUUUGAAUUCUGUGGAGCGGGUGGGAACAUACAUAGAAUUGCCUUCUGAGGCUCCUCCAAUUAUUGAAAGUAAUAAACCACCUCCAGGUUGGCCAUCAUCUGGAAUAAUUAAAUUCCAAAAUGUAGUUCUUCGGUAUAGGCCAGAGCUUCCUCCUGUUCUGCAUGGUAUAUCCUUCACAAUUACAGCAAGUGAGAAGGUUGGGAUAGUUGGUAGGACUGGUGCUGGAAAAUCAAGUAUGCUUAAUGCAUUAUUUAGGAUCGUUGAACUGGAAAGAGGACACAUUUUCAUUGAUGACUGUGACAUUUCAAAAUUUGGAUUGCGUGACUUGCGGAAAGUUCUUGGGAUAAUUCCUCAAGCUCCUGUUUUGUUUUCAGGUACCAUACGUUUUAAUUUGGACCCAUUUAGUGAACACAAUGAUGCAGAUCUUUGGGAAGCACUGGAGAGAGCACAUCUAAAAGAAGUCAUUCGAAGGAAUGCAUUGGGACUUGAUGCUGAGGUUUCUGAAGCAGGGGAGAACUUCAGUGUUGGACAGAGGCAGCUACUAAGUCUUGCACGUGCAUUGCUGCGGAGGUCAAAGAUUCUUGUUCUUGAUGAAGCAACUGCAGCCGUGGAUGUGAGAACUGAUGCCCUUAUUCAAAAGACAAUCAGGGAAGAGUUUAAGUCUUGCACAAUGCUCAUUAUUGCCCACCGUUUGAAUACAAUUAUUGAUUGUGAUAGGGUUCUUCUCCUCAAUGCUGGUCAGGUCUUGGAAUUUGACACGCCUGAAGAUCUUUUAUCAAAUGACGAAAGUGCUUUUUCCAAGAUGGUUCAAAGUACUGGAGCAGCUAAUGCUCAAUAUUUAAAGAGUCUAGUGUUUGCGGACAAAUCCAACAAGGAAGAGACUGAAAGGCAAGAUGGCCGAAGGAGAUGGCUUGCCUCCUCCCGUUGGGCAGCUGCUGCCCAAUUUGCACUUGCAGCCAGCCUCACAUCUUCCCAGAGUGACCUCCGGAGGCUAGAAAUUGAAGAUGAGAACAGUAUCCUCAAGAAAACAAAGGAUGCUGUCAUCACUCUGCAGAAUGUUUUAGAAGGAAAGCAUGAUGCUACGAUUGAGGAGACACUUGAUCUGCACCAGGUCCCUAGAGAUAGAUGGUGGUCCUCUCUCUAUAAAGUGGUUGAAGGCCUUGCUAUGAUGAGCAGAUUGGCUCGCAAUCGGCUUGAACACCCACAUUUCACAUUCGAAGACAGAUCACUUGAUUGGGACCAAGUUGAGAUGUAGAAGGAUGAACCAUAAAGUGAUGUCACAUUUCCCCCCCUUCCCCUUCCAUGUAUUUUGGGGCAAGGAGAAAUAUGGAUAUUUUUGUUAGGUUGUAUGAUGUAUUCCCAACCCAACCACAUCUGAAGCUGCAUCAUUACCUGCUCAAGUAUUCUCUUGGGCACCAGACGGGUCAAUUUGGUGGACCAAGAAGGUUUCUGCUGCGGGUAUAUACCUGUAGCUGGUAGGUACUGGCACCAGUGUAAACUGCAAUUACAACACAAGUGAAUUUAGGGUUGGGUUGGUGACAAUCUGAUAUUUACUGCGAUCAUUUUAAGUUAAAAAAGCUAUUGUUGUAGUCUACUGUGGUAUUCUUCAUCCUAUUUUUGUUUUGAUUAUCUAUUAAACAGUAUAGCGUGACGACAUUAAUGAAAACAGUUUUGCCCGUUCUCUA